GGAACAGUAGGGAGGGUGUUACUCUGCUGCCCGGGCUGAUUUCGCCUGUACCCCUGGCAAGUGUUACAGCUAACUACUACAGCCAGAGUGCUGACUCUGUACAUGUACAGACAGUCAGUGUUUGUUACGUUGUUUAGGUGUCUUCUCGAGCGAGGCCUUAGGGGCUGUACAUCUAUGCAAGCAAGACUAUGCAGCAGCGACUGAGCUGCUAAGGUGAUGUUCCUACUGAAGUAUAUUGUCUUCCUGGCCUCUCCUGCCACGUAGUGUUUAUGGCCCUCUCGUUCACACCCUUCCACAACGCAAGGUUUGAGUGUGAUGGCUGGGCCCGGGGCAUGUGAGAGCAUCGUGCUGCUGGUCGCACGGAUUGCACCUGCCUUUCUUCAAGCCUGGGUGCCCUUCGUCUGCCACGCCUGCACCACACCCAUCUGCAACGCUUCCACCACAUUCACCUGCUCUUCGGGCGACACCAUCGGGGGCAUAAGCACCACCCCUCACACAACUGUGAUACCCAACAUUCCCACCACCUCCCAACCUAUCUCCCUCACUGUUUAUCAGCCACACAGGAACACCAGUAAAAUAUAUGAUCUUUAUAAAUCUUUUAAAAAGAUUUUAGUUGUGACUUUCAGCUUGUUCGAUAUUUUUAAACUGUGUGGAUCCCUGACUGUGAUCUAAUAGUAAAGUAAGAUAGAUCGACUUAAUAUUAACAAAGAAUAACGGUGUUCAAUUUUUAAGGCUUGUGCAUAUAUAUAUAUAUAUAUAUAUAUAUAUAUAUAUAUAUAUAUAUAUAUAUAUAUAUAUAUAUAUAUAUAUACAAAAGCAUGUCAUCAGUAGUAAUGAAUGGGUGGCAGUUGGUGGGUGGGCAGAGUGUAGAUAGUGGUGGUGGGUGUGAUAACAGUGGCGGUGUGUCAGGAGAGGUCGGAAUGGGAGAUCAGGAUGGAGAACCUCCCUCUCUGACCCAAGACUGCCUUCCUAGUUACACACAAGAUGAGAGCGGGGAGCAUCAAGCAUUGCUGAACCCAAGUGUCAGUGACGGAAGCACUGAACUCCCUUGCCAGCAUCAGGGGCAGGGCGCUGUACCACUUAAUAUUUCAAGUCAAAGCGAGUGCCACAUAAGGAUAUUUACCCCAAAUGAGAGUAGUGCAGAAACAUAUGAUUCUGAGGAAUGUGGUGUGGUGUGUGGUGAUGGCCACUCCGAAAAAGUCAGCAGUUGUGAACAGAGCAGUCUGUCAUCACGUGAGAGCACCUGUGGCACUAACCCAACCAGUCCUGCUGAGGAUGAUGCUUCAAGUGUGUGGAAAAAGAGCUUUGUGGACAGUAGCACUCAGACAGGACCUGCAUGUGAUGCGUGUUCCUAUAUACUGGCAGCAGGUAAAAUGACCAGUGUGAUAGAAAGUGGCUCGGGUGAUGGGUAUGAAUACCACGCUCUGAAAAAAUUGUAUUGUACAAACAAACGAAGUGAUGAAAAUCUAAAAGCGAGUGGUGUUGUGUUUAGUAGCCAAGUGACGCAAACGGAACAAACUUCAAGUAGACUGGAUAUUGGCAGGCCAACGUCAUCAAAAUUAUCUUUAGCAGAGAGGAGGCAAAAGGUUUGUAUUUCAGAUUAUUCCCCACUGCCUUUGUGUGACUCGAGCAGAGGCAGUGACUCUGGCAAUAGCCUCGGUGGUGGCAGCAGCAGUAGCAGCACCAGCACCAGUAACAGUUGCAGCAGUAGCAGUGGUACUAACUGCCACUUUCACAAAAGUGGGGAGACAGGCUUCAAGAAGGUAUCAGCAUGUAGUGAGCUAAGUCCUAUUGCAUCAUGUGGAGGAGAUUCCACUUCAAAUGCUGGUCUGGCAGUCAGUGUUGGGUUAUCAUCUGACCCUAGCAUUAAAGAUAUAGGUGGCCGCAGCCCCUGCACACCAACCAGCGGAUGUCUCAAGGCUGGGACGAGAGUUCCAACUGGCGCUCAUGUUCAGUUCGACACGCCUUAUGAGGACGACGACACUCGCGUACUCCAUGACACACUAGUAACAGAGGAUGGUCAUAUAACUCUACACAAGCCUUGUGGAGGCAGCGUCACACCAACUCAUGGAGACCAGUUAUCUCGUUUAUGGUCAAAACUUGUCCCGGAUUCCUCACCAUCUGAAAUUGCAUCUAACUUGCAAGUACCAAAAAAAUGGCGUCGGAGACAAGUUUCAGGUUCUAGCAGCAUCAGUUUGGGCUCAAGCUCUAGUGAUUCGACCAAUUCACAGGGGACCGAAUUUGAGCGUCAAGCACCUGACGGAGGGUGGGGUUGGGUAAUAGUAGCAGCAUCUUUCAUGGUUCACUGCAUUGCUGAUGGUAUCACUAUGUCUUUUGGCGUAAUCUUUGUUGAACUCUUGAGCUACUUUCAAGAAAGCAGAUCCUUAACAUCCUGGGUUGGAAGUUUAUUCAUGGCAAUACCGUUGUUGGCUGGACCGCUAGCCUCCCUCCUGACUGACCGCUAUGGUUGUCGGACUGUAACAAUCUGUGGUGCUCUUGUUGCCUGCUUUGGGUUCUUUGUUGGUGCCUUUGUAAAUACUAUUCCAUUGCUAUUACUGACGGUAGGCAUUAUUACUGGCCUUGGCUUGGCAGUAUGUUACGUUGCUGCUAUUGUCAUUGUUGCUUUUUAUUUUGAAAAGAAGCGGUCACUAGCAACAGGAAUAGCUGUGGCUGGUAGUGGCAUUGGCACAUUCUUAUUCGCACCACUAAUCCAAUAUCUGGUUGACUACUGGGGUUGGAGACUAUGUUUCAUAAUGUUGGCAGGUAUAUUCUUAAAUAUGGUUGUGUGCGGUGCCCUGAUGAGGGAUCUGGAAUGGACACCACGUGACUCCUCCAGCUUAAGAGAUGCUAAUACCACCACCGUCAGCAGCCGCCGUGGCUCCACGUCCCAGUCAUCAGAGACAGUGGGUGGUCGGGGAGGCAGUGUAGGGACUGGACUUCCUUCACUGGAGGAGCUGAGACGGCUAGUACAGUCCGGGGAUGUGACUGCACUACUUUCCCCCGAUGACACCCCCAGCGGGACACUCCGUGGUUCGGCCUCACUGGUAUUGCUGCCAACUUUCCUUAGCCGAUCCCAGGCCUUGCCACCCGACGUAAUUCCCUGCUUAUCAUCACGCACGAAUGCAUAUGAGGUGGUCUCCCAUAUGUAUCCCCACCUGCUCUCACACUCCCUCUCUGGUCAUGUCGACCAGGUACACACACAGUUAGAGAAGAAACAUCUUCCAAAAACUCAAAAGGAGAAAAUGUCAACAUAUGCAUUAACGCCAGUGACCAGCUGUGGAUCAGCAGCAGUAAACAACCAGGACAAGGUAGAAGACGUUCCGCUGCAGCACCCCAGUAGAAGUGGGCCCUCAUACUCCGACACAGAUUCCACCACUCCUGGAUCUGUGCUCACAAGUAUUCCCAUUCAAACUGGAAGUGGCAAAAAGAUUGACCUAAAGAUCGAGUUUAAUACUCCUGAUGAUGGAGAUGAAGCAGACAAUGAGGAAGAAAAUGAGGAUCCCAAAGAGAUGAAGGCAAUGCUUGAGUCAGUUCGGUGGCGAGGUGGAGGUGGACGUAACAAUGCUGGACGGAGGAUCUCCACUGGGUGUAUGGGCACCAGCUCCUCUCCUCCCCAUGCUGCACCUCUGCACAACAUGAGGAUCAAUAGACAGUCAAUGACUUAUAGAGGAGCAAUGCUCAACAUCCACCGCUAUCGGCUGAGAGCCUCAUCAUGUCCUGACAUUUAUAGAAAUUCCAUCAUCACGAUAGCAAAAUCACAAGAUGAG